AUGUUGUUGAUACUUAUUCUUUUGGCGACCAUCCUGGGGCUGAGGGCUCAUGCGAAGCCGACAUCUCAUGCAUCAUCAACACAUACACAUGCACCAACAACGUCGGCUUAUGCAUCACCUACUUCUUCUCAGACAGGGGUGACCUGCACGAUUAAGCCAGCAGCCCAUGGCAAGGAUUCUGCAGCAAAUAUUCAAGAAGCCUUCAAGAGUUGUGGACAGGCCAAAGACGGACUUCGCAACCGCAUCGUGUUUCAGAACACCACUUACACCAUUGCAAGCGUAUUGGAAACCACCGGCUUGAAGAAUGUCGACAUCGAGUUGCAUGGCACACUCUCUUGGGACAACUCGAACAUCAGUUAUUGGCUGAACAACUCGUUACCCGUUGGAUAUCAGAACCAAAGCACUGCUUGGAGACUCGGCGGAGACAGUAUCACAUUUCAAGGAUAUAGCUCUGGUACCUUUAAUGGUAAUGGAGAUGUCUGGUAUCGAUUCAUCAACGGAAGGUCAAAUUACCCUAGACGGCCGCACCAAUUGACCAUCACCGAGACCACAAACUCGACCUUUGAAGGGUUGAUCUUCCUUCAGAGCCAGAUGUGGACGAUGACAGUGAUCCACUCAGCGGAUGUUCUCUUGCAGGACAUAUAUGUCAAUAACACUUCGAAGACUGGCGCACCAACUGUCAACACUGAUGGAUGCGACACUAUUUACGCCAACAACAUCACCUUCCGCAGGUGGAUUAUAGACAAUGGCGACGACGCAAUCUCGCCAAAAGCAAACUCGACCAACAUCCUAAUUGAAGACAGCGAGUUUUACAGAGGAUCUGGCGUCGCCCUUGGAAGCAUCGGUCAGAUGAAUGGUCAAUUCGAAACGAUUGAAAACGUGACUUGUCGCAAUAUCACAUCUCAUAACACCAAGAAUGGUGCCUACAUCAAGACGUCAGUAGCUUGUGCUCAUCUCGCUCAACAUCUGCUAACAACACCACAGNNAUGGACUGGAGUGAACAAGGGUCUCCCACCAAAUGGAGGAGGUGGUGGCAUAGGCUAUGCGCAGAAUCUCACCUUCGAGAAUUUCAAGCUGAUCAAUGUCCAAAAGGCAUUUACGAUCACCCAGUGUACCAACUUCGAAGGCAAUCAGGGCGAUUGUGAUACAUCAAAGUUCAACAUUCGCGAUGUGUUCUUGAAAGACUUCUCGGGCACAGUCCGUGGAGACGUUGUGUCGACGAUGCAGUGCAGUGCAGCAGCACCUUGCCGCAACAUCCAGCUGUCCAGUGUAGUCCUGGAGAACAGCUCGAACAACACAACGCCGAGACAGUAUCAAUGCGAUAGUGUCAAGCAGACAGUAGGGUUCAAUUGCACAGGCGCCCCGGACGGCGAAGAUAAUGCAUUCAAGAGGUGA